UAUCAUGGAUACGUUAGUCGUGAUCGGAACAAACCGAGUAUAAACGUUACGCACAAUAUUAUAUUUACUUUAUUGACAUUGUUAAAAUGAUUAUUUAACACUUAAAUUUCGACGUAGUGUAGUUUCUUUUUUCUUAUUGAUUGAUCGAAUAUAAUUAUUCACAAUGAAGGAUUCCGAGAAUGGGUGGAAGCAAAAACCUGGAGACACGGAUAUUCGCCACAGAAUACCAGACCUCGACAAAGGAGAAUUUACGAAGGAUCAAAACGUUGACACAAAUUCAGAACCGGAAGAAAAAGACGAUGAAGUCCCGAGUAUAUCAUUUAUUACGUUGUUCCGAUUUGCGACCACAAUGGACAAAUGCUUCAUGUUUUUCGCGAUAAUAUUUUCCAUGAUUGCUGCCUGUUCUACGCCUAUCAACACACUAUUGUUGGCCUUCCUACUCGAAGCUAUGGUAGAGUACGGGAGGUCAGUGUGGGAAGGUGCACCGAAUACAGACCAGUUUAUGCAAGACUUACUUUGGUUCGCAAUCUAUAAUUCCAUCACCGGAGCUUUACUGAUCGUGUUGUCAUACGCAGCCACUACGUUAAUGAACAUAGCGGCUUAUAACCAGGUAUACGUCAUACGACAGGAAUAUUUGAAAGCAGCUCUGAAUCAGGACUUUGGAUACUUUGAUAUCCACAAAAAUGGUGACAUAGCGUCUAAAAUAAACAGCGACGUUGUGAAGCUCGAAGACGGAAUAGGCGAGAAGUUGGCAACCUUCAUUUUCUACCAAGCUUCGUUCAUAAGUUCAGUGAUCAUGGCUCUCGUUAAGGGCUGGAAGCUCGCUCUCCUGUGCCUCAUAUCAUUCCCGGUCACUAUGACACUCGUGGGUGUGGCAGGACUGGUGGCUUCAAGGCUCUCCAAAAAAGAAGCCGUAGCUUCAGGAAAGGCUGGUACUAUUGCUGAAGAGGUUAUAUCAGCUAUACGUACAGUAUACGCCUUUAGCGGACAGAACCAGGAAACCAUGAGAUACGAUGAACAUCUGAAGGAUGCGAGGAAAAUCAACAUUAAGAAAGGUCUGUUCAACGGGUUGGCGAUGGGACUGCUCUUCUUCUGCAUCUUCUGCGCCUACGCUCUUUCCUUCUGGUUCGGGUACCAGCUUAUGCAAACUGAUGACUACGACGUCUCUACCAUGAUUGCUGUAUUCUUCGGUGUGAUGACGGGGUCUGCUAACUUCGGUAUAUCGUCGACGUUGAUGGAGGUGUUCGGUGUCGCUCGGGGGGCAGGAGCACAGAUCUUCAACAUGAUAGACAAUGUUCCAACCAUCAACCCGCUGAUGAAUAGGGGAACAGCUCCUGCGUCUAUUGAUGGUAGCAUCGAGCUGAAGAACGUUGUGUUCCACUACCCGUCGAGGCCCGAUGUUCCUGUACUAAAAGGCGUGAGCAUAAGCGUACAGCGAGGCCAGUCAGUAGCGCUGGUAGGUCACUCCGGCUGCGGCAAGUCCACCAUCAUACAGCUGAUCUCCAGGUUCUACGACGUCAUUGAUGGUUCCGUUGCUGUAGAUGGUCACGAUGUCCGCAACCUGCAAGUACGCUGGCUGCGAGACCAGAUCGGUCUCGUGGGUCAGGAGCCCGUACUCUUCAACACCACAGUCCGGGAGAACAUCCGUUACGGACGCGAGGACGCCAGCAACGAGGAGAUCGAGAAAUGCGCGCGUCAGGCCAACGCUCACCACUUUAUUAUGAAACUGCCCAAGGGUUACGACACACUCGUCGGCGAGAGAGGAGCUUCAUUAUCAGGAGGUCAGAAACAGCGCAUUGCCAUCGCACGUGCGUUAGUCCGGAACCCAAAGAUCUUACUGUUGGACGAGGCGACCAGCGCGCUCGAUACAUCCUCAGAAGCUAAAGUACAGAAAGCACUUGACAGAGCUCAAGAAGGUCGCACUACAAUCGUAGUAGCGCACAGAUUAUCAACUAUCAGGAACGUGGACGUAAUAUACGUGUUCAAGAGCGGCAACGUGGUAGAAUGCGGAAGCCAUGACGACCUCAUGAAGCAGAAGGGACACUACUAUGACAUGGUGAUGCUGCAGAACUUGGGUGCCGAGGAAAAUACAGAGUCUAAAGGUUUGACCCGUGAAGCAUCGGUAAGAAGUGAAAAGGACGAUGAAGAUGAAGUUUUCACAAGUGCUGCCGAUGCCGAAGAAGAUGACGAGGCCGCUCCAGACGUUCCGUUCACAACUGUGCUGAAGCUCAACAAACCGGAGUGGAAGUGUGUGACUGUUGCCAGCAUCUGCUCUCUAUUGAGUGGCUUCGCGAUGCCCCUCCUCGCUGUCAUCUUCGGAGAUUUCAUAGGUGUUCUCUCUGGCCCGGAUGAAGACGAAAUUCUGGAAUCAGUGAGAAGAUAUGCUCUGAUUUUUGUUGGCAUCGGCGUUUUCUCUGGGAUCACGAAUUUCAUAGUGGUGUUCUUAUACGGUAUAGCUGGAGAAUACCUGACAGAACGGCUCCGAAAACAAAUGUUCCAAAAGUUGCUUGAACAAGAAGUUGCGUUUUAUGACGACAAGAACAAUUCGACAGGGGCACUCUGCGCACGCUUGUCUGGUGAAGCAGCUGCCGUGCAAGGGGCAACUGGACAAAGAAUCGGCACAGUACUCCAGGCAGUGGGCACAUUUGGCUUCGCUUUAGUCUUGUCCCUGAGCUACGAGUGGCGAGUUGGUUUAGUCGCCCUGACCUUCGUACCGAUCAUCACCUUCGUCCUCUAUAAACAAGGAAGAAUGACCUACGCUGAGUCUGCUGGAACAGCGAAAACUAUGGAAGCUAGCUCAAAGAUAGCCGUAGAGGCAGUCGCCAACGUCCGCACCGUCGCAUCCCUGGGCAGGGAAGACACAUUCCGCAAAGAGUACGCUAAGCAGCUGCUCCCAGCCUUGAUCGUCGCCAAGCGGUCCACUCACUGGAGAGGCAUCGUCUUCGGGCUCUCCAGAGGAAUAUUCAACUUUGUCAUAGCAUCGUCCCUUUACUACGGAGGAACACUUAUUGUUAAUGAGGGACUCGAUUACUCUGUUGUUUUCAAGUCAGCUCAAGCUCUGCUCAUGGGUGCUUCAUCGGCUGCGCAGGCGUUUGCCUUUGCACCGAACUUCCAAAAGGGUAUCAAGGCGGCGGGGCGUGUUAUCCACCUGCUGAACCGUCAGUCCAAGAUCACUGACCCCGCACAACCAGCUUAUCCCAACUUUAAAGGAACUGGUGAGGCAAGUCUACAGAACGUGCAGUUCAGAUACCCAACUCGUCCGAUGGUGCAAGUGCUGAAGAGCUUGAACUUGGAGAUUGAGAGAGGGAAGACGCUCGCGCUGGUGGGAGCCAGCGGCUGCGGCAAGAGUACCGUCAUACAGCUGUUGGAGAGAUACUACGACCCCGAAUCGGGUAUAGUGGCUCAAGACGGCGUGCCUCUCACGAAACUGCGGCUGGUAGAUUCGCGAAGAGCGAUUGGCUUCGUGCAGCAGGAGCCCAUACUGUUCGACCGUACCAUCGGCGAGAAUAUCGCAUAUGGCAACAACGAGCAGAAACUCACUGCUGACGAAAUCAUCGACGCGGCCAAGCAAGCUAACAUUCACAACUUCAUCACUUCGCUGCCUUUGGGCUACGAGACUAACAUCGGGUCUAAAGGCACGCAACUGUCGGGCGGUCAGAAGCAGAGGGUAGCGAUCGCUAGAGCUCUCAUACGACGCCCCAAGAUGUUACUGCUGGACGAAGCCACGAGCGCCCUCGACACGGAAAGUGAAAAGGUCGUCCAAGAAGCGCUCGAUGCAGCGAAGGCCGGCCGUACAUGUGUCAUGAUCGCUCAUCGUCUGAGCACCGUGCGCGAUGCUGACGUCAUCUGCGUCAUCAAUGAUGGACAGGUCGCGGAAAUGGGCACACACGACGAACUCCUCAAACUCAAGGGCCUAUACUAUAAUCUUAAUAGAAGAGGUUACGCGUAAAUGUGUAAAAAUAAUAACUACUAAUGAACAGAAAUAUUGAGGUUAAUUUUAUGUGCCAUUUUUUAAGUUUCAGUGGUAAUAGGGAAUUAUAAAUAUCAAUAAUUUAUUGACAUAGCCAUCGUUUUGCCGCUGAAGUUAGCCACUACAAACAAAUAAGAAGUUUUUUACACGCAAAUUAUUAUGCAGACUUAUGACCGAAUUAUGUAAUGACACUCAAAUGUAAAUCGCCGUUAGGACUCAUGCUGUCUCUUUUAUAUUAUUUUUAUUA